AUGCAUUCUUCUAACCUAUUAAAGAAGCUUCAUAUAACAAGGCUGUCCAACCACAACACAGAGACCAACAAACCUGAACCCGGAACCAUGGACUACUAUCAACAGCCCCAGCCCACUGUGCACGAACAACCUGUUCAACAGCAGGCACCCACCCAGCAACAGCAGCAGCAACAGGCUGCCAUACAGAACAACCUCACCAGUGAGGCCAUCCAGAGAUCGUUGUUACCUCAACGCUCUACCGUUUCCAGAGGUAAGUACUCGUUGACCGACUUUCACAUCAUGAGAACCUUGGGCACGGGCUCCUUCGGAAGAGUCCACUUGGUUAGAUCGGUCCACAACGGAAGAUACUAUGCAAUCAAAGUAUUGAAGAAGCAGCAGGUUGUCAAAAUGAAACAAGUGGAACACACAAAUGAUGAACGUAGAAUGUUGAAGUUGGUAGAACACCCAUUUUUGAUUAGAAUGUGGGGCACCUUCCAAGACUCCAAGAACUUGUUCAUGGUUAUGGACUACAUUGAAGGUGGUGAGCUUUUCAGCUUGUUACGUAAAUCCCAAAGAUUUCCAAACCCAGUGGCCAAGUUUUACGCUGCAGAAGUCACUUUGGCAUUGGAAUAUUUGCACAGUCAUGAUAUCAUCUACCGUGAUUUGAAACCUGAAAAUAUCUUGUUAGACAGAAACGGCCACAUCAAGAUCACCGACUUUGGAUUUGCUAAGGAAGUGAGCACUGUUACUUGGACUCUUUGUGGAACCCCUGAUUACAUUGCGCCAGAAGUCAUUACAACCAAGCCAUACAACAAGUCUGUGGAUUGGUGGUCAUUGGGUGUCUUAAUUUUUGAAAUGUUGGCUGGUUACACUCCAUUUUACGACUCGACUCCUAUGAAGACUUACGAAAAGAUUCUUUCUGGUAAAAUUCACUACCCUAGUUUCUUCAGUCCAGAUGUCAUUGACUUGUUGGAAAAUUUGAUCACUGCUGACUUGACAAGACGUUUGGGUAACUUGAUUAACGGGCCAGCUGAUAUCAGAAACCAUCGUUGGUUCUCUGAGGUCGUCUGGGAGAAGUUGUUGGCCAAGGAUAUCGAAACGCCAUACGAACCUCCUAUUACUGCUGGUGUUGGUGACUCCUCAUUGUUCGAUCACUACCCAGAAGACCAGCUGGACUACGGAUCGGUAGGCGAGGAUGUAUACGCCCAUUACUUUCUUGAAUUCUAA